AUGACUCCCUCAGAGCAGCAAGAACCUCGAGCUGUUCAUAGCGAAAGCAGACUACCAUCUGCCAAUGGCACCGACACUGAAUCUAAUGCGCCCGUCAACCUUUCCCAUGCGCUUGGCGAAAAAGAGAGUAUUCGCCCCGAUGGCAAGCGCGAACUAAAGGAAGAAGAUUGCUACGAAAUCCUGGGCUAUUCAUGGCCACGAUGGAAGAAAUGGACAUACCUCGUCGCAGUCGCGUUCGUUCAGGUUUCUAUGAACUUCAAUACCUCAGUAUACCCGGCUGCCGUCAAACCUCUAUCUGAGGCUUUCCAAAUUAGCGAGCAACACGCUCGUACAGGUCAAAUGGCCUACCUAGUGACUUAUUCGAUUGGCUGUGAGCUGUGGGCUCCUUGGUCUGAGGAAUUCGGUCGCUGGCCUAUCCUUCAGCUCUCCAUGUUCCUGAUUAACAUUUGGCAACUCCCUGCCGCACUUGCCCCUAAUUGGGGCAGUGUAGUUGUUGCUCGUGCAUUGGGUGGUCUCUCUACCGCCGGUGGUAGUGUUACUCUUGGUCUUAUUGCCGAUCUCUACGAACCCGAGACACAACAAUUCCCUCUUGCCUUCAUCGUUUUAUCCUCUUGUAUCGGUACCAGUAUCGGCGGUGUGAUCGGUGGUCCCAUUGCGCGAUUCCUUGACUGGCAAUGGUUCUUCUGGAUUCAGCUUAUCUUUGGAGGUGUCACCCAAAUCAUCAUCUUCUUCAUGCCCGAAAGUCGUUCAACUAUUAUCAUGGACAAAGAAGCCAAGCGCCGCCGCAAGACCGGAGAAGACCCGAACAUCUACGGACCUAACGAACUCAAAAACCCCUCAAUUUGGGCUCGACCAUUCUACAUGCUUCUACGGGAACCCAUUGUCCUCUGCCUGUCUCUUCUCUCCGGUUUCUCCGACGCUCUGAUCUUCACUUUCUUGGAGAGCUUUGCCAUCGUCUACGAACAAGGAUGGGGCUUCGGUACCCUCGCACAAGCAUGGGCAAUUAUUCCCAUCAACGUCGCCUAUUUCAUCGCAUACUUCAGUUACUUCCCCUGGUUCCUCCGCGACCAGAAACUCCGAGUCCGACACGGCGAUGCAGCUAUUCCACCCGAACGCCGUCUGAAAUGGCUUUUAUUCCUCGCUCCGCUCGAACCGAUCGGUCUAUUCGGUUUUGCCUGGACAUCCCUCGGUGACGCAAGAAAUGUGCACUGGAUCGGAUCCAUGAUUUUCUCCGCCUGCGUCGGUAUCGCCAACUACGCAAUCUACCUCUCCUCCGUUGACUACAUGGUCGCAUCCUACGGUGUCUAUUCCGCUUCUGCGACUGGCGGCAAUGCAUUUGCUCGUGACCUUCUUGCCGGUAUCUCCGCCAUGUACGCAACGCCCAUGUACACCAAUAUCGGCGACAAGUGGCAUGUUGAGUACGCAACUACUAUCCUGGCUUGCCUAUCCUGUCUGGUUGUGACUCCCAUCUAUGUGUUCUACUGGAAGGGACCCCAGAUCCGCGCGAAGAGCAAGUUCGCCUCUACGCUUGCUGCCGACAGAGACCAGAACAAUGGUCGGCGUGUCAGCAAGAUUAGUAUCGAGCCGUCGUAUUGA